AAUUGUUUCAGUGAUGGCAACAGCAUUGCAGAGCUAAGGCGACAGAUUCUUGUAUGCUGCGGCGCCGCUUCUGUGGGCUUCUGUGUUAACAUCAGAAGGGGAUCAGAAGCUUCUCUGCUUUUUGUGUAGUUAGAUAGAGCUGUGAAUGCUGACUGUAUGCUGGGAGGAUUUUGAACUCCAAAGUCUGCAGAAGAUGCAAGGAGUAUCAUUUGCCAAAGCUGCUCACAGCCGCUCAUAUUUGACUUAGCAUACCAGACCGCUGCGCAAUGGGGUCAUCGGCAGCAAAGAAUGUGUUCAAGCCGGUGGCAAUAGAUAAAUCCUUUUUCGAGAUGCAAGUGGGCACUGCAGAGCAGCAGAGGGACUGUUUGAACGCGGACUUGGAGAGCCCAAUAGAGUAUUUCUUGAGGUGCAUUGACGAGCCAUGGUCAACAAUGGAAGGGAAUUUUAACGUGCGGCUGCAACGAUUCAACACCUUCAUGGGGGGCAGGUAUGGAGCCUCUAGCCUUCCACGCAGUGAUGAGGACAUCUUGAAGCUUAAGGAACAAUACCCCGAUCUCGUCACUCUUGCGCAACACGUCUCUGCAUCUGAUCUCAACUCCGCGGACUUCAAGAGCAGGCUCUGCGAUCCCGCCCCCAAUGAGCACUUCUUCAUAGUGAAGGGGGCUCUCAGCAAGGCCCAGCAAGCGGGGGCUUUGAGAGCGUUAGUGCCAGAACUGCUUCCCAUGACGUACAAGGAGAGAAAGUCGAAGGGUUAUCGGGACCCAAUGGAGCCAAGAAACGGAAUCAAGUCCCGCUGCGAAGGAGUUCAAGGGGGGCAGUUUGUUUUGUACGAUCUGCCAGAGGAAGCGACGGACUUAGGCGGGUUGGGGGCUCGGGAGCAGCACGACCGGCCAAAGUCGGGAGACACGUUUUUAGAAGUCUUUUCGGAGACCACUGACGGAAAAAGAGUGGGGGCGAUUGACAUCGAUGUGGCAGAUCCGUUCGAUGACCCCAAAACGUCGUUCUGCACGACUGUCGAGCGCAUCAAGCGAGAGCUAGGGAUUGAUUGGCCCCUUUCAGAUGACUACCUCUCGCAUCCGGAUAUGCCGGCUGGUGUGUCGCCUCGCAAGCCUACCGCCUUUGCAAAGAAGAAUCACAUUACGUGGGGGCACUUCGAGAUGAACGGGUGGCCGGCAGUCAACAUCAUGUGUGCGGCAAGUUCGGCGCCGCUCGGUCGACUUGCGCAGCUCGCCAGGCUCAACGCCGCCGCCGACAACGUCGAGCUGAGUCAAAUCCUCGACAUGGAGGACCGCCGGGUUGCGGAGCAGCAGUCGGGUGAAGACGCCUCUAACGGGGCUCAGCUUGCAAGCGGGUCCCGGAGAAGCCUGGCUCGUUGUGGGUCGGAUUAGACAUCAGCCCGGACAACAUGCAACGUGCUGAAGUACUAUUCGCCCGCGCCUUCGGGGAGUACUUCGAAGAGUGCUCGUCUCCCCAACUUCUUGGGGAGACCGUUCCCCCAGUUGUACGGGCAGAGAUGGACGCCUACUCCCCCAUGCAGCGCUUUCUCUACCUCAAGGACGGCUAUUGGGCCCUCUCUCCGCAAC